GUGCCCCCUGCGGCACUCGGCCACCUCCGCGUCUCCGCCCUCCCCGGGCCGCGCUGCUGCCUGGGCGCGGCGGCGGCGACGGCGCCCUGUUGAAUGGGCUGUGAGGGCCCGGGUUUGAAGCGCUGGCGAACGCGGCCUCCGGGGGCGCCAGGCAGCAGCAGCGGUGGCGACCAAACGGGUGUUGGAGUUGGCGGCGGCCAUGGAGGGCCUGGCUGGCUAUGUGUACAAGGCGGCCAGCGAGGGCAAGGUGCUGACCCUGGCCGCCUUGCUUCUCAACCGGUCUGAAAGCGACAUCCGCUAUCUGCUGGGCUAUGUCAGCCAGCAGGGAGGGCAGCGCUCCACGCCCCUCAUCAUCGCGGCCCGCAAUGGGCACGCCAAGGUGGUGCGCCUGCUCUUAGAACAUUACCGCGUGCAGACUCAGCAGACGGGCACCGUCCGCUUCGACGGGUAUGUCAUUGAUGGAGCCACCGCUCUUUGGUGUGCAGCGGGAGCCGGACAUUUUGAAGUUGUUAAACUUCUAGUCAGCCAUGGAGCCAACGUGAACCACACCACAGUAACCAACUCGACCCCGCUGCGGGCAGCGUGCUUUGAUGGCCGACUGGACAUCGUCAAGUACUUGGUUGAAAAUAAUGCCAACAUCAGCAUUGCCAACAAAUACGACAACACCUGCCUGAUGAUCGCAGCAUACAAGGGACACACUGACGUGGUCCGAUACCUUUUAGAACAACGUGCCGAUCCCAACGCCAAAGCACACUGCGGAGCCACGGCACUGCACUUCGCAGCCGAGGCCGGCCACAUAGAUAUUGUGAAAGAGCUGAUAAAAUGGCGUGCUGCGAUCGUGGUGAACGGCCAUGGGAUGACGCCGUUGAAAGUAGCUGCCGAAAGCUGUAAGGCCGACGUCGUCGAGCUGCUGCUCUCCCAUGCGGACUGCGACCGGAGGAGUCGGAUCGAGGCUUUGGAACUCCUGGGUGCCUCCUUCGCGAAUGACCGCGAGAACUACGACAUCAUGAAGACGUACCACUAUUUAUAUUUAGCCAUGCUGGAGAGGUUUCAAGAUGGUGACAACAUUCUGGAGAAAGAGGUUCUCCCACCAAUCCAUGCUUACGGGAACAGAACUGAAUGUAGAAACCCUCAGGAGCUGGAAUCCAUUCGGCAAGACAGAGAUGCUCUUCAUAUGGAGGGCCUGAUAGUUCGGGAACGGAUUUUAGGUGCUGACAACAUUGAUGUUUCCCAUCCCAUCAUUUACAGGGGAGCCGUUUAUGCGGAUAACAUGGAAUUCGAACAGUGUAUCAAGUUGUGGCUGCACGCCCUGCACCUGAGACAGAAAGGCAACAGGAAUACCCACAAGGAUCUUCUUCGCUUCGCUCAGGUCUUCUCACAGAUGAUACAUUUGAAUGAAACGGUGAAGGCCCCAGACAUAGAAUGUGUUUUGAGGUGCAGUGUUUUGGAGAUAGAACAGAGUAUGAACAGAGUAAAAAAUAUCCCAGAUGCUGAUGUCCACAGCGCUAUGGACAAUUAUGAAUGUAAUCUCUACACCUUUCUGUAUUUAGUGUGCAUCUCUACCAAAACACAGUGCAGUGAAGAAGAUCAGUGCAAAAUUAACAAGCAGAUCUACAACCUGAUUCACCUUGACCCCAGAACUCGGGAAGGUUUCACCCUGUUGCAUCUAGCGGUCAACUCGAACACCCCGGUUGAUGAUUUCCACACCAAUGACGUCUGCAGCUUUCCUAAUGCACUCGUCACCAAGCUCCUGCUGGACUGCGGUGCGGAGGUGAACGCAGUAGACAAUGAGGGGAACAGUGCCCUCCACAUUAUCGUUCAGUACAACAGGCCCAUCAGCGAUUUUUUAACCUUGCACUCUAUCAUCAUUAGCCUGGUUGAAGCUGGCGCUCACACUGACAUGACCAAUAAACAGAAUAAGACUCCGCUAGACAAAAGUACAACUGGGGUAUCUGAGAUACUACUUAAAACUCAAAUGAAGAUGAGUCUCAAGUGCCUGGCUGCCCGAGCAGUUCGGGCUAAUGACAUUAACUACCAAGACCAGAUCCCCAGAACUCUUGAAGAGUUUGUUGGAUUUCAUUAAGUGACUGGAUAUGUAAAAUCGUUUAAUGUGGUGCUAAAAAGUAAAGGAUUUUAAUCACAGACAAUAGAAUUAUGUGUUCAUAAAUUCUACUUUCCUUUCCACUACCCUUCCUCCCUGCCCAUCCUUCCUUAGUUCUGUCUUUGGUCUUUUUGCCUCAUGAUGGUAAUUGAUCUCAAAUACACUUUAAACAAAGCCACGUUGUUUAGGUGUAACCUGUAAGGUUUCUGGGUAUUGGUCACUUAACCUUUCUGUCCUUCCUUCAUUUUCUUCUUUCUUUCUUUUCUUUCUUAAUUGAAGUAUAAUUGAGAUACAUUAUAUUCGUUUCAGGUGUAUAACAUAAUGAUUCGACAUUUGUAUUGUUUUUAAAGGAAUGAAUAUACGAUAUUUUGUUAUGUAACAAGGGACGUUUAUGAUUUGAAGUGGAUGUUUUAAAAACUGCCUACAAAAGUAUUUCUGUUAAGUCUGUGUCAGCAUGUUAUCCUUGCAGCAGUUUUGAGGAUUUCAUGAAGAAAAACAACUGAAAAGGACCAUUAAAAGUCCCGGGACACCCAGGGGGUCUGUAUGUGCCAACCUGUUGCAGGUGGUUUUCAUUCUUCCAAUAUUUAUGUGGAGUGAUACCGCACAUCGUAAUUUCGGGAGGAUUUCAAAAAAAUACAGCUGCGGAUUAAUCUGGAAAUGUGCUAAUCUCUUAGUAGUCAUAAAUUUCUGAAGUUAAAUCCAUUGAAAUUAUUACAUUAUUCUGGGUGGUCACAGUCUUAAAGCAAUUUUUCAGAGGAUAUGGAUGGACCAUUUGCUGUUAGGCUUAAACUCUAAAACUCUGGUCUCUGUUUUCAUGUAACUUCUCUAAAUUGCAGCAGUCUGCAUUUGAACUCAGCUCACAGACAUGUAAAAAUUAUGAGUACUGUGUUUUCUUAUGAAACAAAUUGUCAUAAUAUAGUUCUACAUUCUACUUCUGUCCCACUCUCCCUUUCCUCCUGUGUGGUCUCUUUUAAAACGUGGAAACUACUUUUCCAGAAGGCACUGUUUGUGCCCUCGAGUAAGGCACAUACGUUAUGAUGGAUGAAAAGGGACGAGGAUGUUUGCAAUUUUUUCACUGUCUACUUUGUCCCUUAUAACUCGUAGAAAAAUCACUAGUGUGGUAUAGGAAAUGAGAUGUUUUUGAUGAUAAAAAUAAUUUGCAGCGCUGUGUGGACGGCAUUUCUGUCUGAGAGCUGAAAGUUCAACCGUAGAAUGUCACUGACUCUGACCGGCUGUGCGGAGGUGUUUUUGUUUGGUUUUGUUCUGUUUCCUUUUGUUUUGAUGGCAGCAUUUGAACUGCCAGACUGAAAGAGUAUAUUCUGUGAUUAUCUUUUAAGCAUCACAGAAAUUCAAGUAAAGGGGCUACACCUAUUUCUAUUGAUGUUAAAAACGAUAAAGUAAAAUGAGCUAUAUCUGUAUUUUCUCUCUAGUGCCAAACGAAUGCCUUAGCUCCUCCUCGUGCAUGGUACUGUAAGUGAAGGCCUGCAGCUUUUUUCUCUUUAAUGAAAAACAUGAUGAUAUAGUCACAUCAGCUGUAAACUCAAAAAACACAAACCCCAAACCGGUAUGGUUUCAACGAGCAUUUUACGUAUGCAUAUUGUUCUGUGAAGUAAAAGAGAAGGUUGCCGUUGGAACAGUGUAAAACAUAAUGACCAAGCCAAAAUUAGCACCUAGGGCCUUAAAUAAAGUAGACCCCCCACAAAGUGAAAUAGUUGGAAGGGUGGGAGGGAUUGGAAGGUGGGAACCUUGAAAACUUUUUCCCCUAAGGAUGCAAGAUCCUUUCAUGGCCACUGUCAUUACACUUCAUGUUCCUCUCGCUUCAGCAAGGAACUCUUUGAUGGCAAAUUCUGUCAUGGUAAUAUAUUUCUGUUUUCCUAACCUGAGGUCUCUACAAGGAGGGUUUUUAGGAUGGUUUAAAGGGAGACAUUUGAAUGAACCCUAAUUCGAAAAUUAUUGGCCUUGAUCCUUCCCGUGCGAGUCAAUACUGUACCUUGCUCUUGGCAACUCUCAUGGCCUGAAAGAGAAAACGCACGUCCCCAAGGUGAGUGAAGCACACCUCUCCCACAGCUUAGAGCAGACCCCGUGUUUUAGACAUCAAGGCUCGGGUCCGAAGAAGGGCUCUGAUACUUGGUGUGCAGGUGGUUCCAUCAUUAAUGUGUAUGAUUUUUAAACACCAAAACUUACACGACCAGCUAAUGUUGCAUGUUUUAAAAACCAUUUCAUCCCUUUGGCUCCCAGGACCAGCACUCUAUUUUAGAUAUUACGUAUUCAUGAAAUGAGGAUAAUGAUUGUAUGUACGUAUUCAGACGUCAAAAUGUAAUGACCGUGCUUUGGGGAAGGGAUGCCUGGUAGAGCGCGGCUGCUGAGCGCAGUGCUGACGGUAGGAGAGCAGGAAGACCGCGGGGUGACCUGUGAGCGCUGCUAAUGGUAACGCACGUUCCUACUGUGGUGUCGCAGUGCAUCGUGUACUCGGCGGCUGAGGAUCUAAUUCUGUCUUGUAAAAUAAAUCCAAAUAUGUAUUGUGAAACCUCUGUAUAAAGCCAUUCUUGAAACAAGUGAUCUACAUGCCUGUUUUAUUUGUUUUUGGUAAGAGUUAUUUUAAAUACAUUUAGCCAAAUCCUUCCCAAGCUUAAA